AUGGGGGAAAAUCUUCACUUCUUACAGACCUCCCUCCCCAGUGGAGUGGAUCCUGGCGCUGUGGAGGAGAUCCUGGCGCUGCGGGACCUGGUCACUGUCUAUUCGGAUGAGGAGGGGCUGGAGGAGUUUGAGACGGUGCUGCUCAAAGCUCUGGUCAGAGGCGGCCACCUGACCGGUGAGGCCACCCAGUACCUGGACGAGCUGCGCCUGGCUGUGGCCUGGAACCGCGUGGACAUCGCCCGCUCUGAGCUCUUCCGUGGAGACAUCCAUUGGGAGCCCCAGCUGCUGGAGGAGCCCAUGCGGGACGCGCUGCUGGGGGACCGCCCGGCCCUGGUGCGUCUGUUCGUGGAGAACGGGCUGGACCUGGGCAAGUUCCUGACCUGGGGGCGCCUGGGGGAGCUGUACCGGGGGAUCCCCGAGGCCUCGCUGCUGCACCAGCUGCUGGCGCGGCGCCAGGGGGGGCCCGAGCCCCCCCACUACCAGUUGUGGAGCGCCCCCCCCGACUGCCCCCUGACCCAGGUGGCCCGCCUGCUCCGCGAGCUGCUGGGCGACGUCUGCGCCCCCUUCUAUGCCAGGCUGCACCCCCUGGACUCCAAGGGAGCUGGGAAGAAGGGUCCCCUGCUGGACGGGGACCCCCCCUACCGCGACCAGUGCACCCGGAACCCCUGGACUGACCUCUUCAUCUGGGCUGUGCUGCUCAACCGGGGCGAGAUGGCCACGUACUGCUGGGAGAUGGCCCCGGACGCGGUGGGGGGGGCGCUGGUGGGGGCACGGAUCCUGCGGGAACUCUCCCACCUCGAAUCGGAUGCGCAGGAGGCCGUGGACAUGAAGGAGCUGGCCAUGAAGUUCCAGACCUUGGCCAUCGGCGUGUUCGGCGAGUGCUAUGGGAACAGUGAGUCUCGGGCCUCUCAGCUCCUCGUGCGUCGCUCCCACCUCUGGGGCGGCGCCACCUGCCUGCAGCUCGCCUGGCUGGCCGAGGCCCGGUGCUUCUUUGCCCACGACGGGGUGCAGGCGCUGCUGACCCAGAACUGGUGGGGCGAGAUGGAAAGGUCCACGCCCGUCUGGAAACUCCUCCUCACCUUCUUCUGCCCCCCCCUCAUUUUCACCAACCUCAUCACCUUCAGGGCGAUGGAGGAGGAUCUGCAGCAGGAGAAGCCCCACACCCUGGAGAACCUGGAUGCCGACGGGAAAUGCCCCGUGGAGGAGAUCCUCAUGGGGUCGGCGUCCUCGCUGAGCUCCCCCCGGCGGCCGGGCUGGGCCUGGCUCUGGGGCUGGCGCCGGUUCUGGGGGGCGCCGGUGACAGCCUUCCUGGGCAACGUGGUGAUGUACCUGCUCUUCCUGCUGCUCUUCUCCUACGUGCUGCUGCUGGACUUCCCGCGCCCCCCGCCCGAAGGCCCCCACGCCGCCGAGGUCCUGCUCUACGCCUGGGUCUUCACCCUGCUGUGCGAGGAGCUCCGCCAGGGCUGCUUCACCGGGAGCCGGCCGCUGGCCCAGCGCGCCCGCGCCUACCUGCAGGACCCCUGGAACCAGUUCGACCUCACCGCCCUGGGGCUCUUCCUGCUGGGGGCCGUCUGCCGGAUGUUUCAAGGGACCUACCCGCUGGGGCGCACCGUGCUCUGCCUGGACUUCAUGGUCUUCACCCUACGUCUCAUCCACAUCUUCGCCGUCAACAAACAGCUGGGCCCCAAGAUGAUCAUCGCGGGCAAGAUGAUGAAGGACGUCUUCCUCUUCCUCUUCUUCCUGGCCGUCUGGCUGGUGGCCUACGGGGUGACGACCGAGGGGCUGCUGCACCCCAGUGACAAGCGCCUGGCCUGGAUCUUCCGCCGUGUCUUCUACCGGCCCUACCUGCAGAUCUUCGGCCAGAUCCCGCUCAACGAGAUCGAUGCGCAGAUCGCGGGGUCGAACUGCACGGACGACUCGGGGGCGAAGGAGGGCACGCCCUGCAUGAACACUUACGCCAACUGGCUGGUCCUGGUUCUCCUCGUCAUCUUCCUCCUCGUCGCCAACAUCCUGCUCCUCAACCUGCUCAUUGCCAUGUUCAGUUACACCUUUGCCAAGGUGCAGGGCAACAGCGACACCUACUGGAAGUCGCAGCGUUACAGCCUGAUCCUGGAGUAUCACAACCGGCCGGCCCUGGCCCCCCCUUCAUCAUCAUCAGCCACCUGCGCCAGCUGCUCGCGGGACCUGUCCCCGGAGCAGGACGCCCAGCUGCUCACCUGGGAGGCCGUGCAGAAGGAGAAUUACCUGGUAGCCCUGGGCCGCCAGAAACGGGACAGCGACACCGAACGGCUCCGGCGGACGUCUCAGAAGGUCGACCAGGCCUUGAAGCAAUUGGCUGAGGUCCGGGAGCAGGAGCGACGGCUCAAGACCCUGGAGACCCAGAUGGAGAAGUGCACCAGCGCCCUCUCCUGGAUGGUGGACACCCUGGCUCAGAGCGACCUGGGAAAGAACCGCCCCGCCCCCCCCCCACUCAAAUCAGACUGACCCCCCGACCCCAGCGAGCGAGGACAUCAGCUGCGGAGAAUGGACACCCAGCUGCGAGCACAGGCAUCCGGGCACCAUGGACUCCCCCCCCCCCCCGCCACUGUGAACCCAGGCAUCCGGGCACCAUGGACUGUCCUGGGGGGCUGGAGUUCAGGAGAUCCCUGCUGUGAACCCAGGGGUCCGGAUGCCACAGACUCUUGGUGGGAGGUGGGGAAGGAAGAGAAAUCUCAGGGCACCCCCCAGCGGGUCCCCCGUGACAAAGCGGGGUUUUAUUCAUCUUGUUAUGUGGCAUGUGAGUCUUACUGUCCUACGCUAAUACUCUGUGUGCCUCAGUUUCCCUGUGUGCUGCACCAGUGCUUUGGUGGUGGGAAUAGGGGUCUGGGACUUUGGCUGAGACCCUCGGGGGCAGGUGAGGUGGCUCCGGUGCCCUUCAUAACCUGAGGCCCAGGAGGGGGCUGCAACCAGGUGACUCUUUGCCCGGGAAGCGAGACAAAGACAAGGAGGAGAAGCAACGGUGGCGGGGGUGUCGGAGGUCAGGUCACUGGAAGCCUG